GGUUGUACGGAAAGCAAAUUGAAUGAAUUUAAGAAUAAUUUAAACAACGUUUAGAGGAUACAUGAAGAUGUUUUUUAAUAGUAUGUAGAUUUUUUAUAAACUCUUGUAUGGCGACAGGACUCUAUAUGGUCUGGAGUCUGGGUCGAGGUAGCGAAGGACGAUUCGGUAUGGUUUCAUUUGGUUUGGUGGAGGAUGUAAUGGCCUGUAAUAAUCGCCGUUUUUACCCAUUUAGAUGAUGACUGCCUGCAGUUCUUCUUCGAUAUGUUGGUGCAUCCGAAAUGACAUUUCUGUUCAAUGCAUCUUGAGUCCGAAUCCAGCUCCUUGCGAUACCAAUCAUGUUUGGUCAACCUGCUGGAGGUCCUAAAAUAUUUUAUAAGCAUGCAUAAAAGCAGGACUACAAGGAAGACUUUUGAAAUGGUUGACUCUGGCUAGAAACAAAAUGGCCUUUGAGUCACUUGUAACUCGAAACUUUAACAGGAAGAUUAUUUGCCAUGGAGAAAGAAAGGAGCGAAACUCUUUCCGAACAAGCUGCGUUGUGCAAUGCGAAGUACGUCACUUUGCCUGUCUUCCUCACUUUUGAAGGGUCCUAGGUCGAGUUCUAAAAAUAGAAAAUACUCAUUAUAUAUAUCGGAAAGGGGAAUUUGCGAAAUCUGCAUUUGCUAAGUUGCAAAGAAAGAAGAUGGUACUGGAUUGGCGUAAAUUCACUGAAAAAUGAGCACGAUCGACCUUUUCGAAGUUCUCCCGUUUUAUACCAAAGAUAUUGUUGAAGUUCAGCUACGGGAUUAUGAUUUUGAUGUAAAAAGCCCAGAAGACAUUUUGGAUGAGAUUUUAGAAGAUUAUGAGAGAUACGAGGCAAAAAUGGUUGUGUUUGAAUUGCAAAAAUUGGAGGAUUUUGAUAAGUUUCUUGAAAUCAAGAAAAAGAUGCAAUGUAGGCAUGCUGCUGGAAGACAGUGUCAGUAUUUAAAAUUGGAAGAGGUUACAUCACCAGGAAGUGUUAAUGAUGUUUUUUGGCCAAGUAACUGGACAACUUCAGUGACAUACCAGUCAAAUGAUUCAUCUCAAGAGGAGUUUUCUGCACACUUCAGCAAAGUCUGUGCUUUGCCCAACUUAGAGAAACUUGACAUAUAUGGAAAGUAUUAUAUCAAUCAAAUACCACUUUAUUUUGGAGGAUUUCAAAAUUUGAAGCAUUUUAGCUUUCGAAGUAGUGGCAUUUCUGAACUUCCCCAGAUAAUGCAGUUUUUCAGUGACCUAGAAGUGCUCAAUAUUCGUUGCAACUCUUUCAAAUUUCUUCCAUUUUGGAUAACAAAGUUAAAAAAUCUAAAGACGCUUUCAAGACACGGUAAUUACCUUGAAGGAAAUGCAAAUGUGUCAGAAAUAAUAUGGAAGGAAAAAUGUGAAAAAGAAGAAGAUAAAGAAGGAAGAGACAAGAUUAAAUCGCCAAGAAGUCUCUAUUUGCAGUCGGCCACAGUGGCAAUAACAGCAUUUCCAGUUAUUGCAUCCAGGAAAGAAUAUACUAAAGAAUUACCCAAAGAACUGCUUGAGGAUAUGGCAAUAAUUGCAGCAACCAUGAAAAUUUGUGACAAUUGUUCAAGGUCAUUGCCUGACAGUGGUUAUUUCGUGAUACAGAAAACAGUGUCCAACUUCAAAGGCUAUUUGAAUAUUCCAUUUGAGGCAUUUGCUUGCUCAGACAGUUGUUCACAAGAUCUACUUAUCAAGUUUGAAGCUAUGAAUACUGGAGAAAUCAAAGAAGAUCAAUAUUGCUAUGACGUUCUUGAUUCAAAACCAGCAAAAUGUCGUUGCUAUAACUGCAGAAAUCCAAGCUUCAUCAAGAAGCUUCUCAGUUGCUUUGGUUAGGGACAUUUUGAUAUUGAAAAUUAGUUUCUAUCUAAGUGCAUGCCUUCUGGCUGUAAGCAAAGUUUAUAACCAAUGGUCUUACAGACUAACUUAGAAACUUUAUGAAACUAUAAGACAAGCUGUAUUUCCAGAAAUACAUUAUUAGAUGGUUUUCUACAUCAGGUUGGUGAAGUUUUUGUAACUCAAUAGUUUCUAUCAAUUAGGUUGUUUAUCGUCAGGUCGAAAGUUGAAUCAAAAAAUUAGAUUAUUAUAGCAAAUUUUUUGGUUUGAUUCUUCUUUACUGUUGGGCUUUUUUAUUUUUCUCAAUACAUUUUAGUUUUGGUGUACAUAGAUAAGAAUAUUUUUUGAAAUUUGUAAAUAUUUGCUUCAAGUAUUCACAUUUAUAUGUGAUA